GUUAAGUGGGGCAAGGAGCAUAAGUGGGCCAAGAAUGACAAGAAUAGAAUCAAGGCAAGUUGCAAACAUGAAAAGUGUGCAUGGUUCACUUAUGUAGCUAAGGAUCCAGAUUGUGAAGCUUUUGUAAUCAGAACCAUAGACCCAGAACAUGCAUGUGGUCGGACACUUUAUCACAAGUAUGCCAACUUAGGAUUCUUAGUUAGAUAUUAUAUGGAGUUUUUGAGAUUAAAUAGGAAGGUUACAUGGUCUGCAUUUAAGGAAAAGGUUCAUCAGGAGUUAAAUGUGCAUAUUACUAAGGAGCAAGCAUACAAGACAUUUAGGAAAGCCAAGAUUUUGAUUCAAGGCAACUACAAGCAGCAAUAUACAAUGGGACUAUUGUGAUGAACUAUUGAGAUCAAAUCCAGGUUCUACAGUUCAUAUGGAAGCAGAGGUUGACGAGAUAAGUGGGAUAAAAGAUUCCAAAGGCUUUAUAUUUGCUUUGCAGCCUUGAAAAAAGGUUUCAAGACUGGGUGUAAACCAAUACUUGGUGUUGAUGGUUGCCAUCUAAGAGAACUACAUCCUGGAGUACUUCUGAUAGUUGUAGGGAUUGAUACAAAUGACUGUAUCUAUCCCGUUGCCUAUGCAGUUGUUGAGGUGGAGAACAAGAGCUCGUGGAAGUGGUUUAUUGACUUUUUGAAAUACAAUCUCAGCAUCCAUGAACAAAAAAAUUGGACAUUUAUCAGUGAUCAGCAAAAGGGAUUGGGUUCAACAAUCCAAGAAAUUUUGCCAGGGGUAGAGUGUGUUAGGCACCUCCAUAAUAACUUCAAGAAACUGCAUCCAGGUGAGACAUUAAAGGGCAUGUUUUGGGCUUGUGUUGGAUCUGCAUAUAUGAAUAAAUUUGAGAGUGAAAUGGAGGCAUUGAGAAAGUAUGAUGAAAAAGCUCACAAAUGGUUGCUUGAUAAUACAUCCCCACGCCACUGGUCAAGGUCACAUUUUGGGUCCUCAUCGAAAUGUGACAUUCUGCUUAAUAACUUAUGUGAAAGUUUCAAUACAGUCAUCUUGGAUGCUAGAGAAAAGCCAUUAUCUAUAUGCUUGAAAACAUUAGAGGAUAUACCUUAUGGAAAGAUUAAGGACAAAGAGGGAAUGGAUGAGGAAAAAUAAUGAUGAAAUCUGUCCAAAAAUUAUAAAAAAAAAACUUGAAAAAGGAAAAGAUGAUGCAAGAGCAAAUAUUGCAAGAUGGUUUGAUGAUGAUAAAUUUGAGGUCACACACAUGCAUGGAGGCACCUUUGUUGUAGAUUUAAAAAGACAAACAUGCACUUGUAGGAGAUGGGAACUUACAGGCAUACCAUGUUCACAUGCUUCAUGUUGCAUUCUUUUGACUAAAAACAAGCCAAAAAAAUUUGUGCAUCCAUGUUACAUAAGAGAUGUAUAUCUGAUGGCUUAUGAGCAAGCUAUUGGUCCAAUCAAUGGACCUAACAAUUGGAAGAAACCUAACAAAACCCCCUUGAGUGCACCAAAGAAGCUCAAACUUCCUGGUAGGCCUAAGAAAGCACGGAGGAGAGAGCUGGAUGAGCCAAGGACUGAUUCAAAGGGAUGUAUACGAUUGUCUAGGAAGGGAAAUAUGCAAAUGACUUGCACCAACUGCAAGCAAAAAGGACACACCAAGAGAAAAUGCCCUAAGAUCAUUGGAGCUGAAAAUGCAAAAUGUAAGGGUAGAGGACCAGCUUUUAACAUCAAUAGGUGCAAAAAAUGCAAGAUUCUUGGUCACAACGUCAGAACUUGUCCAUUAGCAGACCAAAAAACUCAAGACAAUGCUAACAAAGCUACUGCUAAUUAUGAGCUUAGAGACACCAGUAGGCCCUCACAAAAUAAGACAAUGGAAACUUCCAAUUCAUAUGUACAUGACCAUAUUACUAGAAUGGCUGAGGAAAUUGAAGUGCAAGCUACUGCUCCAGAAGCAAGCUCUUAGAAAGUGGGUAGGACUGCCUGCUGUUGCUUUUGUCAUGCUCCGGGACAUACCAAAAAAUCCUACCCCUGUUGGAGAGCACAGGCUUGGAGAAAUAGGAUGUGUAGUGUGAAAAGGAGGAACAAACAGCUCAUAGGCUUCUGGAUGAGCCAAAUGAUGCCACUCAAGAUCCACUCGAAAAGCUAGAAGUAGAGGCUGUUGGGACAUUAGCAGGCCAUAUGUGCAAGCAUGUUUUGCUAUGUUUUUGAGAAAUACAGAUCAGCAUAUUUUUUGGUUGAAGCAAUAGCAUUUCAGGCCUGUUUUUUGCAGUAGCAAUUGCCUGUUCAAGCUUGAAGCAGUAGCAGCUUAUCUCCAUCUUCAAUUUUUUGGUUUAAGCAGCUGCAGUUCAAGCCUAUUUUGUUGUGUUUUUGAAGAUUUCCACAUUUGUAUAUUUUUUGGUUGAAGCAAUUGCAAUAUAUCCCCUGUUUUGCUAUGUUUUUAAAGAAUUAUGGAUCUGCAUAUUUUUUUGUUAAAGCAGUUGCUAUUCAUUGAAUUUUAGAUCAGGACCA